AUGAUUCUUCGGAGGCUCGUUGUCUCUGCGGCAUCGAACUCAAAUCCCAGAAGAAGCCAAACACUUUCUUCUUCUUCUUCUUCGGCUAUUCGAUUUCUCUCAUCUUCUUCUGAUAGAUAUACGCCGUCUCAACGAUACUCCUCCGGUGACGAUAAACUCGCCAGGCUAAGGCACAAGGACUGGUUGGCGCCAAACGAGGUUUUGAAAAUCUUCGAAAAUGUCAAAGAUCCGAGCUUUCUGAUGCCGGCUUACCAACAUUACUCCAAGCGGAAGGAUUAUCAACCGACGGAAUCUCUCUACGCCCUUCUGAUCAACAAGUUCGGAGAAGCCAAGAUGUUCGACGAAAUCGAAGAGGUCAUGAGAGCUGUGAAGCUCGAGAAAGGGUGUUGUCGCUUUUCGGAGGACUUCUUCUACAAUUUGAUGAGGAUAUACGGGAACUUAGCCGGAAGAAUCAACCGAGCGAUCGAGAUUCUGUUCGGCAUGCCGGAUUUCGGGUGCUGGCCAAGCCCCAAAAGUUUCAAUUUCAUCCUGAAUCUACUCGUUUCCGCGAAGCUGUUCGACGAGAUUCAUAAGAUCUUCGUGAGUGCUCCUAAGCUGGGUGUGGAAAUCGAUGCUUGUUGCUUGAAUAUACUCAUCAAGGGACUGUGCGAGAGUGGGAAUCUGGAUGCUGCACUCCAACUGCUCGACGAAUUUCCUAAACAAAAGUCACGGCCUAGUGUUAUGACUUUCUCGCCUUUGAUCCGUGGUUUCUGUAAUAAGGGCAAGUUCGAUGAAGCCUUUAAGUUGUUGGAGAGGAUGGAGAAGGAACGUAUUGAGCCAGACACCAUCACGUUCAACAUUCUGAUUUCAGGUCUAAGGAAGAAAGGUAGGGUUGAAGAAGGGAUUGAACUUUUGGAGAGAAUGAAGCUAAAAGGGUGUCAGCCAAACCCUGGGACUUAUCAGGAGGUACUCUAUGGUCUCUUGGAUAAAAAGAGGAACUUGGAAGCUAAAGAGAUGAUGAGUCAGAUGAUUUCAUGGGGUAUGAGACCCAGUUUUCUCUCCUACAAGAAGAUGGUUCUGGGUCUCUGCGAAACCAACUCGGUUGAGGAAAUGGACUGGGUUCUGAGACAAAUGGUGAAUCAUGGUUUUGUUCCAAAGACAGGGAUGUGGUGGAAAGUUCUUCGCUGCGUAGUUUCGAAGAACAAUGACUCUCAAGCAGAUUUGGAUCGCAUUACUGAUUACUGA